AUGGUGGCAUGUUGCACAAGUCUCAGAACAGAACUUCUCGCAGUCCAAUUGCCGACGCGCUGUCUUCUUCCUCGUUUCUCUGGUGUUGCGAGUUUCUUCUCCGUGUCCAGACGCGUCGUGAAACUGGCGGGCCUUCUACUCGUGGCCGAUGGAGCUGAAAUGAGCCUUCCUACGAACGGCGGGACUGAUCGAGACGCCUUUGGCUCAGUGGCUGCCCUCCCGUUUUCAUCGUUGCCGCAUCCGCCAUCGUACUCUAUCUCGCGCACGCAGAUCGUCGCUAAUGGACUCUCACGUAAGCGCAGCCGCAGUGGCGAGUCGCUCCCGUCACAGUCCGAUGGGACGCCUCCUCGCGUUGCAUUUGCAGAGCCUCGUAUGUCAUUCACACGACUUCCGCCGUCGUCGUCAUUAGGUGGUGCUUCCCCCACCGUCUCAACAGCACGGGAUUCUACCAGAACGACUGCAACACUGCCGUCUCUCAGAUUCCAGCUCCCAGCUCCGCCACCGGCGAAGCGUCUACGGCGUGAACCACUGAGCCCCACGUCAGUAGGCGAAGUCUCCGAUGCCAAGAAGAUGCCUUCUGCCAAGUCGGCAGUGGCAACGACUCCCGGUGCAACUCAAAUGCAGUCGAUUCUUCGUGGACUGCAGCAUCUAUCGGCAUGUGAAGCCAGAGGGUGUUCCAACCCCCUGUGUGUUUCAACACGCGCGUUUGUGGAUAAAGUGAAAGCUCACCGCUCGAACAUGGCUGGAAAAGGGGCCCACGAUGCGAACAGAUGCGGAGCGUGUAAGCUGUGGGGAGCAAUUGUGCGGGCUCAUGCUCCUACAUGUUCGGCCGGUUCGAUGUGCCGCGUCCCUGGUUGCCCUUCUUCGCAAUAG